AGAGAAUCUACCGUGUGUUCAAAUCCAAUUCGGCUCAUGUCAUAGCAUGCUGCAGUAAGCGGGGUCUAUAUCUUCAGAAGACGAGACGGCGACAUUUUUGGUAUCGCAGAAAGGGUCAGCUUGUGCAAGUAAAAUUACUCCGGGUCUCCGCUCCUUGGAUUGUAAAGUUGACUGUGAGUUCUGAGAUUGUUGUUGAUAUCAGCUUAAGUAACUGAAGACACUUUUUAUGGACUGUUAGAGCUUAGAUUUUGCUGCUGAGAAGGUUUUGGCAGGUAGACAGGAAUAACCGGUUUCUAGGGAUUUAUUCAACUUUAUCCCCAUUCGUGAGUGGACCCAACGUAGUUCAGCGGAACAACCAUUGUACAGAAACUUGACUGACUGAAGUAUUCGCGGUACCAUCAUGAGGCUAGUUAUUCUAGAUGAUUAUUCUAAGGCCAGUGAGUGGGCUGCUAAAUAUGUCCGGAACAGGAUACUAGACUUCAAUCCUACAGAAGACAAGUACUUUGUACUUGGUCUUCCUACAGGAAGUACACCCAUAGGGAUGUAUAAGAAGCUGAUUGAGUUCCACAAGGCUGGUGUUCUCUCAUUUAGAUAUGUCAAGACCUUCAACAUGGAUGAGUAUGUUGGAUUGGAUAGGGACCAUCCAGAGAGCUACCAUUCCUUCAUGUGGGAUAAGUUCUUCAAGCACAUUGAUAUCUUACCUGAGAAUGUUCACAUUCCUGAUGGCAACGCUGAGGAUUUAGAUGAGGAGUGCCGUGAAUACGAGGAGGAGAUCAAGAAGGCGGGAGGAAUUGAACUAUUCAUCGGAGGUAUCGGACCUGAUGGUCACAUAGCCUUUAACGAACCAGGCUCUAGUCUUGUAUCAAGAACAAGAGUAAAAACACUUGCCCAUGACACCAUAAUUGCCAAUGCUCGUUUCUUUGACAAUGAUAUCAGCAAAGUACCCACCAUGGCACUGACUGUCGGUGUAGGCACUGUGAUGGAUGCUAAUGAGGUUAUGAUCAUCAUAACUGGAGCUCACAAGUCUUUUGCUCUCUACAAAGCCAUUGAGGAAGGCAUCAGUCAUAUGUGGACAGUCUCGGCCUUCCAGCAGCACCCACGUACCAUCUUUGUCGUUGACGAGGAUGCGACCCUUGAACUCCGGGUCAAGACAGUCAAAUACUUCAAGAGCUUGAUGUACGUCCAUGACAAGCUUGUAGAGGAUUCUAAAGAGCUUCCAGAAGUCAAGCGACAAAAGAAAAAGUAGCUUUGCUUGCUGUGAAUUAUUUUUUCUAUACUGUAUAUCUAGAAGAGAAAUAUAUAUUUUUCUUGCGUUUAUAAGAGGUGGGGGAGGGGGAGAGCUAUAAUUUUUUUAAUGUAUGUGGUCGUGUUUCUUCACUUAAAAUACUUGAAAUUGUAGUCACUGUAUAAGAAAAAAAAGUUUGUUUCAUGUCUUUGUUAUAUCUUACAUUAUUAUGUUAGCCAAGCUUUACGAUAAUGUAUGUACUAAUGUAUGUUGAUUUUUCUUUUGGACACAUUAUGGCCAGUCGUUGUCAUUAACAUGUGUGUUUAUGUGUAUUAUACACUUCUUUAUGAAAUAAAAGCAAUUGUGAAUUGCUGCACAUAAUCUUUGAGCUAUCAUCACUUGACUCAAUGAGUCUUUAAUAUCAUGUGGAGAAUUUCACUCUUUAAAACUGGUUCAUUGAAUAUUAUCCAUUAUAGAAACAACUAGAGUACAAAGAGCAAACACUAAAAGAAUGGACACUGCUACAGUAUGAAGUUAAUUAUAUAGUGUAUGUUAUGUAGAAAAUAUUAACUUUUUAUAUUGCGUUCACAACAAAACAAAUAAUGCAAGUUAUUAAAGGGGAAUGAAACCUUUGGAACAAGUGGGCUUGUGUGGAAGGAGAAAAAUUAAAGAAUAAGAUUUUUUUUUAAUUGAGAAAAAUCUGACAAAUAAUGAGAAAGUUAUCAUUUGAAUAUUGCAAUCACUAAUGCUAUUGAGAUCCUCUUAUUGGCAAUGCGACAAAGAUGUGUUAUGUCACAUGUGAACAACUUUCCCUGUGAGGGACUAUAAAAUGCCCCUUUUUGCUCAUUCUUAUAGUGAUACAAACUAUUUAUCCAUGAUGUAUUCUUUAAAAAUCCAUAUUACAUACCCUCUUAUAGAAAGAAUACAUGAUCUACUGAUAGGUGUGAUAAAAGAGGCAGUUUAAGUGAAAUAUAUAGAAAAGUAAUGGGAAAGUUGUUCACAAGUGACAUCACACAUCUUUGUCGCAUUGCCAACUAGAAGAUCUACAUUAUGACAAUGAUCUUAACUUCAAAUGCUCAUAACUUUCUUGUUAUUUAUUCAAAUUUUCUCUUUUGUUGAUCUGUUUCUUAUAUGUUAGUGUUUUAACACAGGCUAUCUUGUUUCAAAGAUUUCAUUUUCCUUUAAGCACUUGUAUCUAGAGUGUUCAAUACGCUUACUAUUUUUAUUUCCCUGAUGUUAGCCUGGCCAUACAAAUUUACUUUUUAAUAUGAAAGAAAAAAACCUUCAUAUGCGUGUGUUAUGGUAGACGUAAUCUUUGAAUGCAUCUCAUAGCUACAUGUAUCAUCCUUUAGCAUUUUUAGUAGACAUUGUUUCUUUCUCUUCAACGUUCAUUGAAUAUAAACUGGCAUUUAUCCUUCACUUUUCAUUAUUAGGCAUUCAAUAUUUGUAAUCUUUUGAUUUGAAAUUUGUCGAGCAUCAGAAUUGAAAGAACAAGCCCUUAACGUAAAAAAAAUUGUUUGAGCUAGUAAUCAUGUGAUGUUUAUUUGAAUUAACUCUUUGUGCAAAAGGCAGUCAAUAUAUACCAAAGAAUUUUCUUUGAAUGUGUACAUAUCAGUAAUUCUAAAAUCUGGAAGAUGCUUUUUUGUAUUGUCAUGUGUAGACAUAAUGCAUUUUUUUUUUUUCAAUCUCUGUACAUUCCAUGUAAAAUGGUCUUAUGACAGGGGCCGCGGAAACGGGGGGGGGGGGGGGGGGGGGCUGGAUGGGCUUCAGCCCCCCCCCCCCACUUUUUUCCAAAACUAUGUGUACACAAAAAACAUAAAAAUGUCCAUCUGAUUGUGAUUUGUGCAUGAUCAGCCCCCCCCCCCUCCACUUUCAAAACCGUUCCGCGACCCCUGUAAUAUGUGCAUAAAAUCUCAGCCCCCCCCACUUUUUUCCAAAACUAUGUGUACACAUAAAACAUAAAAAUGUCCAUCUGAUUGUGAUUUGUGCAUGAUCAGCCCCCCCCCCCUCCACUUUCAAAACCGUUCCGCGACCCCUGUAAUAUGUGCAUAAAAUCUCAAUACUAUGCUUGCCAGGUGCUCUCGUUUCAAAACCUCUGCUUUGCCAUGGGUUUUUUUCAAUCCUAGGUAAGAUUCUUGCCAAUUUGAGGAUUACUGGGUAAAUAAGACACAAUAUCUGAAUUAAUUAGAAAAUAGUGCAUGUUGGCAGUCAAGUCUGGCAAAAUGUCAAAGCCAUAUUAUUGUUAGUUUUCAUGGUCCUGAAGUUUGAUACCACUUAGGUGCUUACUCCCCAUGUAACCUGAAGAUGAUAUGCCUUUAUGUUUCUUUAUCAAAUAUUUUUAAAGAUUUUAUAACAGAUGUUGUUUUUCACUUAAUCACAUAUUAUCUGUGUAUGGUUAAGAUGUUGUUUACCAAAUUUGGUAGUUUAUUUUAUUUUUGUUAGUUGACAUUUCCAUGAGAAAAUUCAACCUCCUGGGCUGUUACAACAGUAAUAUAUAUUAAGUAAAAUUUAUGUUUGUGUUUUUCUUUUCUUGCAUUUAACUGUGAUUUAUGUGAUAAAAUUUGAAAAUUUUCAAAUUAUGAUGAUGAUAUAAAUAAAGUUUAUAAAUUCAGUCUGUACGUUA